AUGAUUAUCACAUUUUGGAUAUGGCUUUUAUUAUUUUUGACUAAGCUUAGUUAUUCUUCUCAUGAACCCAUAGAUAAAGAUAGCGCUAAAAAUUGCAAAUAUUUGGACGAAACUCAUUUAGAAAACUUUUUCAAAGCCAUAGAUUAUCGCAAAGAUUUUUUUAUUGAACGACUAGCUCAGGCCGUAGAUAUUCCUAGUGUAUCAUCCCAAUCGGAGAGCCAAGGAGACCUGCUUUAUAUGUUGGAGUGGGCUGGUGAUAUUUUAAAAAAUCUAGGGUUUUCCUGGCAAAUAAAAAUCCCAACUUUAUCUAACAAUUCGAAAUAUAGAAGUAGUUUAAAAUAUCCCUUCUUAUUCGGGCAUUUGCCUAUAGCGCAAAAAAUUCGCGAGCAAACGCUUAAUAAAUCCAAAACACUUUUGAUUUAUGGUCAUGUUGACGUAGUGGCUGCUAAAUACUCCGAUGGAUGGGAACAGUCAGAUCCGUUUGUAUUGGAAAGGAAAAAUGGAUUUUUGAAGGGCAGAGGCACUACAGAUGACAAAGGACCCGUAGUCGCUUGGUUAAAUGCAUUAUCUGUUCUAAAAGAAGAGCUAGGAAAUGAUUGUUUCCCACCGCUAAACAUAAAAAUUUUCUUAGAGACGGGCGAAGAGAUUGGUUCUCCUGGAUUGAGAAAAAUAUUGAGUAAUGAGGCAACUUUUUUUAACGAUAUAGAUUAUUUAGUCGUGACCGAUAAUUCUUGGUUGACAAAUCAUAAGCCAUGCCUGACUUAUGGCUUGAGGGGUAUGGUCUAUUUUUCGCUCGAAAUUAAAGGACCUUUCAAUCAAGACUUGCAUUCAGGAAUCUAUGGAGGUCCGGUCGACGAACCACUACAGGAAAGCGUUUAUUUAUUAGCUUCCUUGGUUGAUAAGGAUGGCAAAAUAUUGAUCCCAGAAAUAUAUGAUGACGUGUUGCCUUUGGAAGAACCAGAAAACGCUUCAUAUUCUUCUAUUCAAUUUAAUGAUAAGAAUCCGGGUGCUUAUUACGUAGCUUCUAAAAACGAGGUGCUAGCCAAGAAAUGGAGGUGGCCCUCCCUUUCUAUACACGGUGUAGAGGGUUCCGUAUCUCAAAAGGGUGAUGUCAAAACCGUCAUACCUCAUAGAAUUCUUAGUAAGUUUAGUAUUAGACUAGUUCCAGAUCAGGACCCCGAACGAGUAAAAGCACUGGUUCGCACUUAUCUAGAAGAGUUGCACGCUAAUUGGACUAUGGGCAAAGAGGAUACCAAUACAAUGACGUUGGAAUCUCUUCACGAAGGAAUUCAAGCAUGGUAUAAUCCUAACCCACAGAAUAAUCCCGUUUUUAUAAUAGCCGAGAAGGCAGUAAAAAGAGUUUACGGGUUAAAACCAGAUUACACAAGGGAAGGGGGAACGAUACCCGCAGUUGUUUACCUAUCUCAAGCUGUUCCUUCUCCAACAAAUGUAAUACUGCUGCCCAUCGGCACAGCUGACGAUGGGGCUCAUUCGCAAAACGAAAAAAUAAGCGAGCAACAUUUUAUGAACGGUACCAAGUUGAUGCUGGCAUACAUAUAUGAAUUAUCCCUCACACAAUAUUAAAUAUUUUCUUAUGUCCUCAUUAUUUUAUA